AUGUCGACAAAUGGAUGUACCGAUUCUUGUUGCUUAAUCUGUAAAAUCUCUAGCGAUGCAAGCGUAGAGAUCGCGCUCCAUCAACCUCGCCAUCUUGUUGAUGCCAAAGAUGUCUUCAUUGCCAAACACCGUUGGGGAGGGAAUGGAUUGCACGAAGGUUCUGCCCAGAGAGACAGUCUCACAAGCACGCUUCAGCUGCGCCACCCAUCUGCUGGCGCCGAAGGGAGAGCCUCUGCUGAUGAAAUCGGCUACAGAUCAAGGGUGAGCUCCCUUUCAGGUCGUCUCUUCAUUGUGCUCCUGCUCCACCCACCACUUCACUUCAGUUUUUCCACCACCAAGUCCCCUAAUGACACAUCCUGA